AUGACAGUCAUAGAAAGGCCUAUGGAUCAUAAAAAAACAUAUGAAAGUCAUAAAAAGGCCUAUGACUGUCAUAGAAGGACCAAUGACACAGCCCUGCAGCUCAGCCUUACUAGGAUGUCACGAGACUUGGGCGAAUGCAAUGCAGGAAUUAUCUGCAUCAACUGCAAAUCAAUACCGCAUAAUCCUUACACGAACGAGAUCUACGACACUCGGAACAUCGCCUGCAUAAGCAUCUCCGUGAUCGUGGAAGAUGAGCAGGACAUGCCACCUGUCAUCUGGGCGCCUCCUGUCACUCGCAUCACCAGCAACCAUAGGGAGGGCGAUGAGUUAGUCGUCAUAAAAGCAGUGGACGGCGACAGGAUGUUAAAUAGGCCUAUACGCUUCUCCAUCAUCGCCUCCUGGUCGCUCUACGCCAAAUAUUUCGCAAUUAACCCAAUUACAGGUGAGUUACAGUCACAGGUGCCUCCCUCCUCCCUCGAAGACACAGUCAACAGUCUCAUCGAAGCCAUGACGACGCUGGAGCCAAUCUUGGUCAACGUGACGGCGCAAGAACUGAGGGAUUCGGACACGCUCGUCCCUGAGGAGAUGUACACGUCCCACGUCGAGAUCGCUUUCGUGAUCAUGGAUUCGGACAUGAUGAUCCCCAAGUUCGUCCAUGAGAUGUUCAAGAAUCCGCAGCUGUUGGACUACGAAACCAUGAGCAAGAUUGAGUUCAAGCUGUUAGCCCGGCAAGUCUCCGGCAGCGCCCAAGGAACAGGCACCACGUCAAUCAGGAUCAACAUCUUAGACGUGAACGAUAACAUGCCGGUGUUCACGAGGGCAGCUGUACAGGCGGAGAUCUUUCGAGAAACAUCACCGUGGGACUUCGAUUGUGAAGCCCUAGGAACUCCAAAUGCCACCGACGCCGAACUAUGUCAAACAUACGGGGCGACAUUCGAGCUUUCCAUGCACCAUGCUACAACGUCCGCUUCACGGGCUAGCUUGCAACCACACGAAACCACAGCCACACACUGCAGCACACACACCACCAAUGUACACACUGGAACCCUCUCAGCGGCCUCGUACCUGCGCACAACCCCAACAGACCAUGAUUUCGAUCAGGAGAGCUCAAUCCAGGUGACAGAGGUCCAGCUGACAGUCGAGGCCCGGGAUGACAACGGCGUAGGCAACUCAGCGACGGCGAGGAUCCUGCUGCACCUGAAGGACAUCAAUGACAAGCCGCCCAGGUUCCUCGAGGCGAUCUACACGGGCGUGAUGACCCCGGAUCGGGCGAGUCUCAAGUCGCCUCUCAGGGUUCAGGCUGUUGACGACGACGCCGAAGAACCCAACAACCAGGUCGUCUACAGCAUCGACUCGGGCCUCUUCUCACAGAACUUUAGAGUCGACAGAACCUCCGGGGAGAUCUCUGUGGUUCAGGGUCUCAGCUACCCCCAGGUGGCUGGUCUGAACACAGGUCGCUCGGAGAGAGCUUUUGGCAACGAUGAGGUCAUCAAGUUCACGGUCACGGCGUCUGACCAAGGUACACCCCAGCUGAGCAAGAGCGUACCUGUGCAAAUCUUCACACAGGAAUUUGUAGACAGGUUUAUUACCUUCAUUUACCCAAAACCACCUGUGGAAGUGGGGGCUAGUAAGGGAGAGUGUUAUAUGGGCAAGGGUGGAGUAGGCCUAGCAGGUAAGGCUGCCUUGUUGUUUCAAUUAAGGUGUUAUAUGGGCAAGGGUGGAGGCCUAGUAAGGAGUGUCGUCACGGCUCUGGUGAGGUACGAAGUGAACACGGUGGUCGACGUCGAGAAGAUUUCGAAGCAGCUUCUGAACACGACGAGACCGCUGGUGAACGACCCCAGGCCCGUCGAGUACGAGGAGCUGACAUCCGAGAGAAACUCCUACUUGGCCGGCGUCGUGGUUCUCUGUGUCUUCAUGGCCAUCAUUAUCAUCCUCCUCCUUCUCUGCUGCUUCUGCCCCGGAUGUCCUCUCUAUAAGGACAGGAAGAAGAUGAAGAUGGUCGGCGACGAGAACGCGGAGCGAGUCUCGUACAUCCGCGUGGACGACCGCGGCGGCUACCGCGACGGGCAGCCCGAGGAGCGCAUGUGGUGGGAGUACCUCCCCAACUGCUGCCUCGACAUCGCCGCCAACUGCGGCUUCAACCGGCCGCCGAAGCGCGUGAGCAGCAACAACGGCGGCCGCCUGGCGUGGAGCGGCGACGAGCGGCAGCGCUACUGGCAGUUCGGCGAGCGCGGCGAGGGCUCCAUGCUGGAGGACCGCAUGAUGCCCCGCCGCGGCCCGCGCGACCUGGUGCUGCUCGAGGACCUGGACGAGGCGCGGCUGCAGCAGCAGGGCCGGAUGGUACGUGUUGAUUCCCGUACUUCGCACCGCUCACAGGAGCCGCGCAGGGUGUUUGUGUUGCGAGACCAACGUGGCAAUCCUCGUAUUACAGAGUCCCUCAGAGAGGGAGAACAUUACGUGAUGGAGGACGUUGACGACACGCCCAGGAACAUGCGCAUGGAAGACCCCAGAGGCAUGCGCUAUGAGGACGCAAGAGGCAUGCGCAUGGAUGACCCUCGGGGCAUGCGCAUAGAAGACCAACGAGGCCCGCUUCCCCAGCACGGCGUAGAUGACGAUGUUACUUACGCUCGGCAGGGAAACGCGGAGGUCCUCCGACUACACGCCAGCCCGCGCGGCGCCGUGCCCCUCGAUGACGGGGCGACGGGCCGGCACAGUCGCCCAACCUACAGGCGGGCUGGCGUGGAGCCGGAGGGGAUAGUUCUCACUCAGGAGGAGAUGCAGAGAAGGGCACUCAUGCACGAGGACGCAGGGGGCGGGCCGAUGAGCGCCCGCCUGGUGGAGGGACAGUCGGUGGGCGUGACGCCGCGGUCAGAGGACCUGCUUCUGUACGAGGGAAGCCGGGGCUACGAUCACGGCUCGCGGCGCCACCACAUGGAGUCCCCGCCACACACAGACGUACAGAUCCAGACGGAGGAUCUGGCAAACGGCCGCCAAGAGCAGUCGGUGCCGCGUCUAAGAAUAAAAACGCCAAUCGAGGAGGAAACCAACAGCCUGCUCGAGGCCGAGGGAAUUCGGUCGUCAAGAAGAGAAAAGUACCAGCGGGAAAGAAGAAGGUCGCAGGGCAACAUCGAGCCGCAGGUCCACGAAGACAACGCGAGCCGCAAGUCGCUGAAGGUGGCGCAGCCGGCCAACUCCCUCUAUCACCACACGAAGGCGUCCAUUCUCCGUUUCGAGUCCAACAAGGCCAAGAUGGACGACGAGAAGGACGGCAAGAAGGAGGCUACGACCUCCCGCAGGAACAGCAUCAGUGGAACGGAUGGCCGCCGCAGCUCGAGCGUCGACAGCAAGGGUACGGAGAGCCGCCGCUCCUACAGCCACUCCAACUUGGACGGGCGCCGCUCCAACAGCCAGGCGGCGCUCGAUGGCCGCCGCUCCAACAGCCAGGCCAACCUGGAGAUCCCUCGUGGGGGCAUGAACGACAGCCGCGCCAGCGUGGAGAGGCGCGGCUCGCUCCCUGGCCUGGAGACGACCACCGGGCUGGAGCGCGAGGCGGCGCAGCGCUCGCACGGCCGCCGGGACUCGCUCGGCGGCCAGGACCGCCCGGACGAGGCGAUGCACGCCGAUGGUAAGAGCACGCACAGCAGCGACUACGAGGAGGAGUCGGGAGAGGAGAAGGACUACAAGAGCACGAGAAGACGGCAGAGGAAGGCCUCCCAGUCGCGCUACAUGGAGUGGUACGACCGGGGCAGAGACUCCAAGGCCAGGGACCCCAAGGACUCCAGAGCGAGGGACUCCAAAGAGCCCAGGGAGAGUCGGAACCGCUCGGUCGACCGGUCCUACCGGGACUCGGACUCCAAGGCGGAGUUGACGGAGGGCCACAGCCGCGCCAGCACCGAGCUGCGAGGCGGAGCCGACUCCAAGAGCCUCUCGAGAAUCCCGCGGCCACAGGGAGCCUCCUCCUCCAACCUCCCCGACGACCUGAAGGUGCAGGAGGGCGAGGAGGAGCUGCGCUACAUGAUGGACCGCGAGAUCAACCUGGGCGUGAGUCAGUCGCAGAUGUUCGAAGGCGACGCGGACCUGGAGGUGGCGGCGGCGGCGCGGGGGAGGCGCAAGAGGAACCACCUGCUGGAGAAGAAGAGUAUAUUUACCAUAGCCUACGACGACAUGCAGACGGACACGCUCAGACCUAAUUCAGCGGCCGCAGAGCCUUAAUGAGUGCUGGUCAUUUAGUAAAAAAAAUAUAUAUCGUUCCUAUGGUUUAAAGAUUUAUUAAAGUGCGAAAAUGUAGUGCUAGUUUUCUGAAAAGUGCAGUCAAGGGGUCAAAAUUAGAGUAUAUACAUGUGACGAAAAGAUUGUUGACUUUUAAAGCACUGCGGCUGACAAUGUUGUUGAGUCUGGAGUUUGGUAAAUAUAUUUUGUAUGACUAUUUGCAGAUUAUAAAUAUAGAUAUUUAGAGAUACGGUAAGGAAAGGGAAUUGACAAAAAAUACACGGCAUUUGUAUUAGCUUUGGUCCCUGUGUCAUACAGCCAUGUGACUGUAUGACUGACACGGACCGGAGACACAGAUGGGAAAUGACUAUACAAAAUCUUCUGUACUCAUUUGUUAUACACAAGAUAAUUAUAUGAUUAGAUUCCAAAGUGAUAUAUAUUUAGAUCGUGCACUAGACGGUAACGCACAUAUUCAGUGACACAGUCCUUUUUUAUCGUUAAUUAUUGAUGAUUUAGAAGACAUUUGAAGGUGAAUUCAUCCUAUAGACUAAAGGGUAGGGAGCUCUCAUUCUACCCGCUGAUUGGCUAGAAUGAAAGGCUUGUUCAGCCAAUCAGCGGGGAGGGUUUUACAAUCACGGGAGCUUCCAUUCAUUAGUACAUCUCUGAAUGAAUUUAUCUUUGCUUUUUUUCUUCUGAUAUAGGUUUCUCAUCAUAUUUUGCAAAUGAAUACUGUAUUGUAUUUACAUAUUCCUGUACAAAUGUAAAACAAGAUCUCAUGUAACCCCCCCCCAAAAAAAAAAAAAAAAAAAA